AUGUCGCUCGCUCCUCAAUUUGCCGCCCGCCGGUGCGUUCAGUGUGUCCGCUCCGCCCAAGCCACCCCUCUCCUUCGAUUCGCAGCCUCGACCGCACCGCGCAGACGACAGCAGAUCGCGUGCCGAUGGCAAUCCACCGAUGCCGCCGCCGCGAGCUCUGCUUCCCCAAAGAUUGCGAAGAUUGUAGAGCAGAUCAGUCAGUUGACGCUGUUGGAAACGGCAGAUCUUGUGUCAUCACUAAAGUCGCACUUGAAUAUCCCUGAUAUGCCYAUGGGUGGAUUUGCCGCCGCUGCGGGACCCGCUGCCGCUGCACCUGCCGCAGUAGAGGAAGAGGAGGCCGCGCCUGCCAAGGAGGAGAAGACAUUGUUCAACCUCAAGCUAGAGUCAUUCGAUGCCGCCGCAAAGCCCAAGAUCAUCAAGGAGAUCAAGGCCAUGCUGGGUCUAUCUCUCGUGGACAGCAAGAAGUUUGUCGAGAGCGCACCCAAGAUGAUGAAGGAAGGAGUUGCCAAGGAGGAGGCAGAGAAGAUCAUUGAGACAUUGAAGGGCCUGGGUGGAGUUGUCAAGAUGGAGUAG